GCAUGGCUCUUAAAUGACAGCUCUUGUUUGUCAGCGCAGAGCCAGGCAUCGAGAAAACAUCAGUCGUGCACUACACACUUGGAUUUUGUAUCGUGACUGAGAUGAUUGUCUUCCCAUGUGAUUCAGCUUUUUAUUUGCUACUGUCCUCCUUUCUCCCUCUUUUAUAUUUUGAGCUGGCAUUUCUCUUCAUGGUAAGAACAAAACCAAAGGGUUGGAUUUAUUCAGCUGGAGAAUUCUUUUUGGCACAUUUUCCUCUACCAACAUAUAAUCUGCAUCACUUUUGGAUUUACUUCCCACUUAUAAAGGACUGCAGCCUCCAGGGAUCACAGAGCACAGAUAUGCAAAUACCCAGCAGACAAAGAAAUGGAGGAUUAACUGAGAAGACCCAAUAAAAGUAUACAUGGAUUACUAAGCAGAUGUUUCCCUGUCCCUGAGAUGGAAGUGCCAAGCAUCAAGGACUUUCAGUGGAAAACUUUAGCACCUUUGCCCAGUCCAAGAGUCUAUUCUUCCCUGGUAGAGGCUGGUGGACAGGUGUUUGCCAUCGGGGGCUGUGAUGACAAUGGUGUGCCAAUGGACUGCUUUGAAGUGUAUUCCCCAGAAGCAAACCAAUGGAAUUCUCUGCCCCCGAUGCCUACAGCCAGGGCUGGGGUAGCAGUAGCUACACUGGGCAAGAGGAUAAUGGUGAUUGGAGGCAUGGGAGCCCAUCAGAUGCCUUUGAAGAUAGUGGAGAUGUACAACAUAGAUGAGGGCAAGUGGAAAAAAAGAAACUCUUUGAGAGAAGCCUCGAUGGGCAUCUCUGUGUCAGUAAAAGACUACCGAAUCUAUGCAGCUGGUGGAAUGGGAGCAGAUCUACGUCCUCACAAUUAUAUGCAACACUAUGAUAUGCUUAAAGACAUUUGGGUGUCCUUGGCAACUAUGCCUACACCCAGGUAUACUGCCACCUCCUUUCUGCGUGGCACUAAGAUCUAUGUUCUGGGUGGAAGGCAGUCCAAAUAUGCUGUGAAUGCCUUUGAAGUCUUUGAUAUUGAGACCAGAUCUUGGACCAAGUUCCCCAAUAUUCCCAGCAAAAGGGCUUUCUCCACCUUUGUUUGCACAGAGAACAACAUCUUUAGCCUUGGAGGAUUGCGGCAGGGCAGAUUGUACCGUCAGCCUAAAUUCAUGAAAAAUGUGGAUGUCUUUGAUAUCGAGCAAGGAGGCUGGAUGAAGAUUGAUCGCUCAUUUUUUCUGAAGAAACGACGGGCAGAUUUCAUUUCUGGAUGUUUAAAAGGAAGAAUUGUUGUUGCAGGAGGACUAGGAAACCAGCCAACUGUUCUGGAAUCAGCUGAGGCCUUUCAUCCUGGAAAAAAUAAAUGGGAAAGUUUACCACCUAUGCCUACUCCACGAUGUGCUUGCUCCACUAUUGUGGUAAAAAACUGCCUUCUAGCGGUAGGUGGAGUGAAUCAGGGUUUGAGUGAUGCCGUAGAAGCAUUAUGUGUCUCUGAUUCCUAGCAGGCAUGUCAUUGGAUGCUCACCAUUCAUAGUGAUCUACAGACCAAGAAAUAGCUCUGUAGCUUUAAAGCUGGGCCAGUGUCUUCAGUAUGUGAAAAGUUGACACUUUUCCUUCACCAACUCAAAGCAGCACUGCCUUGCUUUCCUCUAAUUCCUUUCAUAGUGUCCUUUGGAAACAACAAAUUCUCGCUCCAUGUAACUACACAGUCUUGUGGUUCUGUCAUCUGGCAGAAGCUCUUUCCUAUAAUGAUGUCAUCAUCUCUGCAAGCAUUACGGAGCACCACUGACUCAUGAAUUUAUAGGACAUUCCCACUGUCAACUCUGAAUGGCCGGAAAUCAGGCCAGUUUUGUAAUGGAGCAGUCAAGGUUCAUAGCCUGACAUGAAGUUUCAUCCAAGGAUGAGGAAGCAUAUCAUCUAGGACUAUGAGAAGAUUUUGCCUUCCUCUGAAAUAUCAUGUACUAGUCACAGCUAUUGAACAAAAUCGUUAAGAUUCUGUGCUGAGCUUUUCCAAGUACUUUUUGAAGAAUAACAAUGGAAACAAAGAAGGGAAUCCCACAGAGCUAGAGUGCAAUGUGCCCCAGCAUUCCUGAGCUCUUUGGAAUAGUGCCAUUAUGAUAAUGAACUUACUGUUUUUCUGUGGGAAUCUUGAAGAGUUCGUAGUCUUCAAAAUUCCCCACUGUGAUAUUGCCAUAUAGGGAUUCAAAGCAUCUUGUAUGAAUGUCUUCCCAAUCAUGCAGCUUAUGAUCUUGAAGUCACAUCAAUUUGUGUGAGAGCAACAAACAUAUUACCUUGAUUAGUAAUAUAUUCUAUCAUUAGAAUGGCAGAAUUGUUCUGUCCAAAGACCUGAAAACAAAAGGUGAAGAAUCAAAUUCAGGAGAAAAAUGCCUCUGUCCCAGGAACCAAGGUAUUACUCCCUUCAAUGAUCCUCCCUCCAUCCCUUCCUCUUUGUUUGUGUGUGUGUCUCUGUAUAUGUGUGUGUAUCUUUCACACAUUCUCCAACCCCACAAUUGGUUCCAUCCAAGGUACACAAAGUGUGGUUGAGUUUAAUAUAAUUGAUGUCUGAGUAGCAGGGAAGUUAUGGACUUGGCUCAUAGCCACUUUCACAUGUCCCAUGGCAACAGCAACACUUGGGUGCAGUCUUGCUUGUCUUUUUUUUUUUAACCUGUUUCAUGCAUUGUUUAUCUUCAUUAACCUGCAGGGUGAAAUGGUCAGUUUCACCCAAGUGCACAAUUGAUCAGUUCUGGUUAGUUAUUAACAAGUAACACAAUUAAAAUCAAUGUUCAUAUUGUAA